AUGGGCCAUCCUACACAAAUCCCACCGCCGCUAACACCCACGUUUCUCAAGCUUACCUUCCCUUCCCCACGAGUUGUGCUCGUGACGAUGGACCGCCCCUCCGCCAUGAAUUGCAUCAAUGCCGCCGGAGCCGAAGAGCUAUCUGCCGUGUGGACGUGGCUAGACGAAGAGCCUAACCUGACAGUCGCUGUGAUCACUGGUGCCGGAGAUAAGGCGUUCUCUGCGGGCGCCGACUUGAAGGAAUGGUCUCAGUCACUGCAACCGGGAGGCCCGGAGCGGAGAGUCACAAAGUCAAAGGGUGUAGGUCUGAGCAGGAGAAGAGGCAAGAAGCCGGUCAUUGCGGCAGUCAACGGCCUGGCUCUUGGUGGUGGAACGGAAUUUGCUGUUAAUUGCGACCUCGUUGUUGCAGCUGAGAAUGCAUCAUUCGGGCUACCUGAAGUCACCAGAGGCGUCGCUCCAUUUGCAGGAGCGCUGCCUCGACUUAUUCGCAGCAUUGGAUUGCAGCGAGCAAGCGAGCUGGCUCUGACGGGGCAGCGUAUUUCGUCACGCCAAGCAUACGAAUGGGGAUUGGUCAAUAAAGUGGUUUCGCAAAAGGGUGUCGUGCAGGAAGCCUUGCGGUAUGCAGCACUUAUCGCCGCCAACAGCCCUGACAGCAUCAUCUGUACCCGAGCUGGGCUGCGAGAAGGCUGGGCGAAGGCGGAUGUGGAAGAUGCGGUGCAGACCACGAUGGACAAUGAGUUUGCGGAGCUUCAGAAGGGCGAGAAUAUCAAGGAAGGUCUGAAGGCGUUCGCGGAGCGAAGAGAGCCGCGUUGGAAGCCAAGCAGGCUGUGA